AUCCAAGUCCUUAGCGCUGGUGCUCGCCCGUGUCGGAGGAGAGGGACCUAAUAGAUCCCCACUCGCAGCCAAGAUGCCCAAGAGGAAGGUCAACUCUGCAGAAGAGGAAGUUAGGGAGGAGCCCAAGAGGAGGUCAGCAAGAUUGUCAGCUAAACCAGUCCUUGCAAAGGCUGAACCUAAGCCCAAAAAGACAACAGAAAAGGAUAAAUCUGAGGACAAAAAAGUUCAUACAAAAGUUAAAAAAGGAGCAAAAGGAAAACAAGCAGAAGUGACUAACCAAGAAGAGAAUAAAGAUGACUUACCUGCAGAAAAUGGAGAAAGGAAAAAUGAAGAGGUCCCAGUCUCUGAUUCAGCAGGAGAGAAAGAAACCAAAUCUGAAUAACAUCUUAUACCAAGUCUUU